AUGUCGAAAGCCGUUGCGACGACCACAGCCUUGCCGGCUGGCGAAUCAGCCACUCCAAAGCUGCCUGAGAAGUUCGCCGAUGAGAGUUACAAACUCUUCUCCAAGGUCCAGGUCGAUGACCCAUCCCCAACAGAAGCGGUCCGCCUUCGAAACAAAUGUGUCCGAUGGAUCCUGCCAUUCCUUUGCGCCGGUUACCAUCUCAUGUACGUGGACAAGCAGACUCUCGGUAACUCGGCCAUCCUGGGCAUCAUGGAAGAUGCACAUCUCAACAGCACACAGUACAACUGGCUGUCCAGCAUUUUCUAUCUCGGGUAUCUCGUUGCCGAAUGGCCACAGAAUUGGGCACUACAACGGUUUCCUGUCGCUCGCUGGCUAGCUAUCAACCUCAUCGUCUGGGGAGCGAUCCUCCUCCUCCAUAUCCCAUGCGACUCUUUCGCCACUCUCUUCGUCGUCCGCUUCUUGCUGGGUUUGGCAGAAGCGUGCAUUGUGCCGGCAUUCCUGCUCACUCUCAACAUGUUCUUCACAUAUGAUGAACAAGCCGUAUUAAUGCCUUGUAUGUGGGCGAUCGGAAACUCGAGUCCCAUCACAUCGGGUCUCUUGUCGUAUGGAGUCCUCUUCAUCAAGACUGGAAGCUUCAGCCCCUGGAAAUGGUUCAUGGUCAUCACCGGUGUCCUAACAAUCCUUUUUGGGGCUGCUGUCUGGCUUUGGCUUCCCGACAGCCCUAUAAACGCACACUUCCUCUCGCAAGAGGAGCGGGCACAAGCUAUCCUCAGGAUCAAGAGCAACCAUUCCGGCAUUGAGCAGAAGCGUUUUAAGAAGUCUCAGUUUGUGGAAGCUCUCAAAGACUGGAAAACUUGGCUCUUCUUCCUCCACGCUUGGAGUCAGGAGAUGGCCAACGGUUUGACGAAUCAAUACUCUCUAAUCAUCAAGUCCUUCGGCUUUACCACUCUGCAGACGACCUUGCUGGGAUGUGUCAAUGGCGUUACUGCAUUUGUGUCGCUUGCAGCGGCAGCCAUCAUUCUGGCAAAGACAAGGAACUGCCGUGCGUGGCUGUCGGUAGCAGCCUACAUUCCGCCCAUCAUAUCUUGCAUCUUACUGCUCUCUCUGCCGUGGAGCAAUCGCUGGGGCCUCAUCGCAGCCAUCUGGAUUCGCGCCACUGGCGGCAUUCCGUACAGCGUGGUCAUGAUCUGGGCUGCGAACUGCUCAGCCGGGCACACCAAGAAGACCACUGUCAUUGGGCUGUACCACGUUGGGUACGGCUUGGGUAACAUCCUCUCACCCCAGCUCUUCCAGCCCCAGUACAAGCCAAGGUACAUUGUCACCUGGGCGGUCAUUCUCGGUAUUGCUUGUGUGCUUCCUAUGAUCAUAGUGCUAUAUCUGCGAUGGGGCUUGCAGAAGGAGAACAAGCGGCGGGAUGCCCUUGCUGCGCAGGGUCUGAUCAACGAAGUCGGAGUGAUCAAACACGAUUCCGGAAGUGGCGAUUCGGAUUCGGAAGAAGUUGUCGAUGCCAGGCAGUUGGAUCUGACGGACCGAGAGAACCUGGCAUUCAGAUAUGUUCUGUAA